GUAGGAGAAAAAAAAAAAAAAAACACUGCACAAUUAGCCGACCAACAGAUUAAUAAAUGACAGGAGGAUACAGAUAUUGAAGAUCACCGGCAGCAGAUGUAACUCGAAAAGCCAUUAUUUGAGAGGUUAUUUGAUUUAUCUUCAGACAAGACAUGUUAACCUCGCUGUCCAAGAAUUGAUCUCUUUUUGAAGAAGUCGGUGUUUUCAGGUCUGUAGCUGGCUAAGUGUUAGCUAGCUGGCAUAGCUUUCUGCAAGCUAGCUAACUACUUAGCAAGACGAGUAGCUAGGGAAUUCGGCUUUGGCUUGAUGUCGCCAGGGCCCUUAUUAGACAUUCUCUGAUGUCGCGUAGGGACCGAGCGGACGCUACAUGGAUUAAUUGUUUGCGAAUGAUUUAACGGCGCCAAUGUAAACAUCUCUUGUAAUGUCACAGCCGGGUCUUUGACACCUCGUCUACAUGCUAACCAGCGUUUAAGUUAAUAGCUAGCUAAGUGAGGAAGGUCAACAUUUUUGCGGCAGCAAACUGACUAAUAAUACCACAAACGUUGCCACUGGUCCAUAUCUAUCUUCCAGUGUCAUUGUAGCUCGAAUUUCAGUUGAUGUCCGCUUUGUUUCCCGAUUUUUAUGACCCAAAGCGGUAGCUAUUCUUUUUAAAUGUGUUUUGCUCCGUUCAGCCUCUGUCUAUUUUUGACAGACUCUCUUUGAUCGGAUGUUAGUAAGGGUCGCUGUCCCAUUUGGUAGUUUACAAACAGUCUGUUGUAGUUGUCAGCGGGCUGACUUAGCAUAUGUCGUAAUGUUUCUCGUCCUUAAUUCCAUAAACGAGGUGGAAUAGUCACUUUUCUGAUGCUUUAAUGGCUAGUAAGAUACCUGUUUUGUAAAAUAUUGCAAUCCUGAGGGUUUUGUGCAGUCCAGAAAUCCAUUUGGAUCGUGGUACCAUUUUUUGUGUGCUUAGAGCCUUUCAUAUGCAACCAUCUGGACAGACACUUUUAUAUCUACAAAACCAGUGCUCGCUCUUUUCUAUUUAUUAAAGGGAUAUCUGGCACUUCAAUAUCAGUGUACAAUGAAUGGCCUAUCUGUCAGCGAGCUGUGCUGCCUCUUCUGUUGUCCCCCUUGUCCCAGCCGCAUUGCUGCCAAGCUUGCCUUCCUGCCCCCGGAGCCCACCUAUGCCCUCCUGCCCGACCUGGAGGCAGGGCCCGUGCCCGAGGGUGCGCCCGCAGCAACAAGCCUGCGGGCGCGGGGAGGAGGGGGUGGCGGAGGCGCCAGCGGGGGCGGAGGAGGGGGGGCAGGCAGCACUGCGGCCGGAGAGGGCCGAUGGAAGCUGCACCUCACCGAGCGAGCGGAGUUUCAGUACUCCCAGAGAGAGCUGGACGCCACGGAAGUGUUCCUGACGCGCUCCAGCCGGGGCAACCGAGUGGGCUGCAUGUACAUCCGCUGCGCCCCCUCCGCCAGGUUUACCAUCCUCUUCUCCCAUGGCAACGCGGUGGAUCUGGGACAGAUGAGCAGCUUCUACAUCGGCCUCGGCACACGGAUAAACUGCAACAUCUUCUCCUACGACUACUCAGGCUACGGAGUAAGCACGGGCAAGCCGUCCGAGAAGAACCUCUACGCAGACAUCGAUGCCGCCUGGCAGGCUCUACGCACACGGUAUGGCAUCAGUCCUGAGAACAUUAUCCUGUACGGGCAGAGCAUUGGCACCGUGCCUACCGUCGACCUGGCGUCACGGUACGAAUGUGCGGCAGUCGUCUUGCACUCCCCUCUCACCUCGGGCAUGCGGGUUGCUUUCCCCGACACAAAGAAGACCUACUGCUUUGAUGCUUUCCCAAACAUUGAAAAGGUGUCCAAGAUCACGUCACCGGUACUGAUCAUCCACGGGACGGAGGACGAGGUCAUCGACUUCUCUCAUGGCCUGGCGCUGUUUGAGCGCUGCCCCAAGGCCGUGGAGCCGCUUUGGGUGGAAGGCGCUGGACACAACGACAUCGAACUCUACAGCCAGUACCUGGAGCGCCUGCGUCGCUUCAUCGGCCAGGAGCUAGCAGCGCAGCACACCUGAGAGGGCCCCACACAUACACACACACACACACACACACACACACACAUAUAUAUACACACACACACACACACACACACACACACACA